AAGAAACAAACAAGUCUCCUUACAUCUGCACCAAGUCCAUUUUUCAACUCCAAUUCCGUGUGCCCACUCACCACAUUAGACCGACCACACCCCAAUCCCAAUCCCAAUUCCUCGUUAGGGUUCCUUUCUCUCUCGCAACUCUCUCAAUUCAUGCUUUCCAGUACUUGAUUCUCUCGAUUCCAUUCCAUUCUUCUAUGGAAUCGCAGCUUCAGCAGCAGCCCCCAGCGGUCACGCCAGCCGCGGAGGUUGUCAGCGCCGCUGUUGGGGAUUUCGAGAAGUCGCAGCUCGUUGGAGUUUCUGUCACAGAGGCCUCCGAUGUUGAGAUGGCUGAGGUAAACGAUGGUGGUAUGGUCGCCGUUUUGAAAAGGAAGCGUGGUCGUCCAGCCAAGGGAAAGACCGUUCCGAAAACGACUCCUCCGUUGAAGCCGAAGAAGGAUGAGGAAGAUGUUUGCUUCAUAUGCUUCGAUGGUGGAAGCCUUGUUCUCUGCGAUCGCCGGGGUUGCCCUAAAGCCUAUCAUCCCUCGUGUAUUAAGCGAGACGAAGCAUUUUUCCGUUCAAAGGCCAAGUGGAAUUGCGGUUGGCAUAUAUGUAGCAAUUGUGGAAAGACAUCGCAUUAUAUGUGCUACACUUGUACAUAUUCUUUGUGCAAGGGAUGUACAAAAGAUGCUGAUUUUGUCUGCGUAAGAGGAAAUAAAGGUUUGUGUGGAAUGUGCAAGAGGACUAUAAUGCUGAUAGAGAACAUUGCCCAGGGCAAUAAGCCAAUGUGUGAAGUCGAUUUUGAUGACAAGAGCAGCUGGGAAUAUCUCUUCAAGGUGUAUUGGAUGUAUUUGAAAGAGAAGCUAUCUUUGACACUUGAUGAAAUCCUUCAAGCUAAAAAUCCAUACAAAGGAGUUGUGAGAUUAGAAGCAUCUGGUGUUGUGGCAGAUAUUUCAUCAUUACUUCUCUCUACAGGGAUGGAGCUUCCAAUUAGCGAUAUGGUGAAUGAUAAACCAUGGCAUUAUCAGGAUCCAACUGGGAAGAUUCAAGGACCUUUCUCUAUACUGCAGCUGCAUCAGUGGAAUGCAAGCGGAUACUUUCCUACAAAUCUAAGAAUAUGGAAGAUAGAUGAGAAACAAGAUAACUCUAUGUUCUUAACAGAUGUUCUGAGUGGGAAGUAUUCCAAACAUGUGUCGGCAUCAUACAACAGCCAACAACUGUUUUUGGGGGCCAAUGGUAAAAUGGAUAAUAAAGAAAAUAGUCAGGAUGGUGAGAGCAAUAUGACAAGGAUUGAAAAUUUUGCACAGAGUCAAAUUAUUGAGCAGAGUGUGGAGCAAAAGGUAGAUGAUACUCAUGCACAAUCAAAUGGUAUAGAUGAAUCUGUUAGGAGCAAUGGAUGGCACUCUCAGUCUCCUUGUUGGACUGUACAAGCAGAUGGGAAUAACAAUGAGGGGCAAAGUGGAAAUUUUGAAAGGAGGGAAGAGUCAUCAAAAUGUGAAAUUUCUUGUCAUGACCACCCCCAUGUAAACCCUUCUCUACCAUCAACUACCUUUUUUGAGAAACUGAUCGAGAAUCCUUCUGAUAAAUUAAGGGAAGAUCAUGGGAUCGAGAGAAAAUCUGAAGAUAAUGGAAAUUUCGAUUUGAACAGGAUUUCUGAUGGUCAAAGUAAUAGUGGGCAAAGUUGUCAGAAACAAUCAGACAGUGAGGAUAAUUCUGGGCAGUCUUCCGGUCAAAACUGGAGAUGCCCUAGUCCUAAUGUAACUAAUCCAGUGUGUAAUACAUCUACAUGGCUGGCAAUCUUUGGCGAACCAACUGAUUUUGAUGAGUCAGUUUCAGAUCUGUUGGCAGAAGUGGAGGCAAUGGGGAUGGAGUCAUUUGGUGGCUUGGAAUCUCCCACUUCAAUCAUGAAAUGUGGUGAGGAGUUGACUGAUGGUUCUAUAACUGAUUGUCUUAGUUUUGCAGAUGGGCUUAGCCCAAUGCUUGAUGCAGGUAAAGGUGAUGCACUGAGCUCCACAGGUGAUUUACACUUACAAUCUCAAUCCACAACAGCAGAGCAACCGUUUCAGCAAGCAGAUGUGCAUCAUCAUCAUCAAAGAAUAUCUGGGGAGCAUUCAUCAAAGAGCUCUGAAGUUGAGUCUACUUUCUCCAGGAUUAGUUGGAAUCCAACCAUUCAAUUUUCCUGGGAUCCCAAUUGUUGACAUGACAAAUUAGGUUGAAGGCCAUUUUUCUUAUCAUCUUUAGGCUAAACAAAUCUUAGACAAACUUGAAAAUUGGAUACAUAAUAUCGUGUUUAUAACAGCAUUCUUUGCAAACAGUAACCUCUCGCCUUCAUUAUUUGUUUGUUGAUGAAGAAAGAAAGAUCGGUAGGGUUCUUGGUAGUCUUGUCCAUUCCGCUAUGUAAUUUCAUUGAAUAUUAAAUGUGAAGAACUUUAUAGGUUUCAUUGUCAAAUGGAUCUGCAUUCCGUGUUC